GUGUGCUCCUGACGACUCGCAUUCCAUCAUCGCGAGGGCCCGGCAAAUGGGCUGCGUGACGCCCCGAGAGCAAUGAGGCCCCAGGCUCCAAGACAACCCAGGUCCCUGGUAGGGUGACAACCGAGCGUCCCGUUCUGCCUUUAGAGCGCGCCCGCCGCGUCCUGCCCUCCCUGGUUCCCUCCCACCUCCAUCCCGUGGCCAACCUUUUUCCUUUCGCACAUCGCAGGUCGAUUGUACAGCUCCUUCUUCACCCUUCAAUCUUCACUUUCUGUUCUUCCAUCUUUCCUAAGGAGCUUACAGUCACUUCCGCAACGCAAGUCCCAAGCAUCGCACGCUCACGAAUCUUUCACGCCGUCAUGAACGCAAAGCUCGCCGCCUCGCCCGCCCGCCCCAUGGAAGCCCAUGCGCACCCUGCACGUCCCUCGCUUUCCGUCCGCUGCCCGACCCCGCCGCUCGGCGCGGCCGCCAUCACCGAGCUCGCGAUGACCAUCGCUGAAGAGAUCGCCAGUCUCACCCGCUCCCCGCAACCCAUCGGGGUCGACGUCCCCCUCAUGCACUCCGGGCUCGACCCCAAGAGCCUCUCCAAACUCCAGUCCUGGCUCAAGUCCGCCCACGACUACGACGUGAGUGUGAGCCGCCUCCUGGAGAGCGAUAUGACGGCAGAAGUGCUCGCUGCCGAUAUCGAAGCAUCCCCUCGCACCCGCCGCCGCAGAGCACUGCCCAAACCGCCGAGGCAAGCGGGCUCUGGCUCGUUCGCCAUGUCCCGGCGCGCCCGCCGUGCCCCGAACGCGCCCAUGUGCGUCGACGUGACCACCGAGCCGGAAGAGGUUCCGGUCAUGUCGGCCGCCGUCAAGCAGUACCAGAUCACCGCCGACAUCGGAAUGGCCCCCUACGACUCAUGGGCGAACAAGAAGACCGGACUCAUGUACGGCCUGCUGGCGCUCGGGCUCGUAGGCUCCCCAAUGUCGCCAUCGUACCACGGCAUCAAGUCGCCCGCGAUAAAGUCUCCUCUGGCGAUGGGAACGCGCCUCCGGCCGAUCCCGCCGCAAGAGGACCCGCGCGCGGUCAUGCCGACGCGCACGCCCCUCUUCGCGUCCUUCAUGGACUCCGUGCACAUGCCUGGGGUCGAACCUAUUCAAUCCCCGUGGGUGGCCGACAAGCAAUUCGCCAGCCUCGACGGCAUGUUCGCGGACAUGUCGUUCCCCAGGACCCCCGAGAGCUUCUGAGCCCCGCAUGGGCCACACUCGCUCGAGACAGCCCAAGAGCCCCCCGUUGUGGCGGGUAAAUAGAGAGAACAUGGACUAGGACUCUCUGGAUACGCGGACUUUCCACGCAAAGUGACAUUCAUUCGUUUCGUGCUUUCACUUGCUGCAUUCUUCCAUUCAUUCACACAUACGCAUCUCCCUCGCAUGCACGCUCGCACCGUACACUGCACACACACAUGGCAUCGACUUUACAGUUCAUUUUCCUCAUCGGUGUUGUUCAUCUUACACAAGUUUCGUUUUCGUCUUUGCUUUCGCUUCGUAGGUGCGCGCCACGCCCUUGUAUCAUUAUGUACUGCUGCUCCCGCUCUGUGUCGUACUGUCGAGUCUAUGUCCUGCUCACUAUGACUAUUUGAUGCAAGGGUUCCUGGGGAUUUGGGAACCCACCCUAUAACUGC